CAACGUAGUAGGUACAUAACUAUACAAAUUCACGUAGUUCAAUACAUUUUUAUUUGAAUUAAUUAUUAGUUAUUUUACUUUCGUAAAGUACAUAAUAUUAUAAUUUAUAAUAUAAAUAUAUAAAUUAAUUUAGGUUUUAUACAUUUCUAUAAAUAAUAAAAUAAAUAUUAUACCUAAAAGUACAUACAUAUAUUCUUUGCUAUAGAAUAUUCAAUAUUUGCAUAAAUAAAUAUUAUUAAAAGUCGAAUUUAUUUUUAUAAACAAAAUCAAAAUGAGCCGAAUGAAAACGUUGUGCGCUAUGGAAUCAUUGGUAGAAGGUGUUCCACAAAUUAAUUUCAUCAUCUGCCCAGCUGAGAUAGAAGACUGCGACCAAAUCUAUGAAUUAGUUCAAGAAUACUAUUCCGAAUAUGGUAUACCAAGCAGCAGACAGCUGAACAAAGACAAAGACGUUAUUAUUGGAUUCGUGCUAUGGUUUCGACCGUUUGAGAACACGACUGGCCAACGAGUGUUCCUCGAAGCAUUAUACGUUUCCAAACCUUACCGACAGAAAUACGUCGAACAAGCACUUUUUGAGAAAACGAUUCAAAUCUAUUGAAUGGAGGUGGACGAGUUAUCAAUCGCCAUGCCGCCGCUGUGUUGUAUGUUGUAACCAUACUGACUAUAUAUACAUCAACGCGUCUGCAGGCCCAAUGCUUAUAAUGUUAUACAUAUCAAUAGCAAUAAUAAUAACAAUAAUAACUAUUAUUAUCCUCGUCGUAUAAUUGUAUGCUAUUAAAAAUCCGCUGCGUUAUAGAAAAAACGGAAAAUUAGGACAACUGCAAACUGAAUAGAACGAAAACAAUUAUUAAUAAUAAUAUUAUAUUCACAUUGUUAUAUGUGUUGCGGACGUCUACUACAAAAACGGAACUGUAGGUCUGUAGAGGAUUACCCAAAGAUCGAAAGCGGAAAUGAGUGACCCCUUAAAGGGCUCAUAGAGACCACCCAAACCGGUCCCAUGUCACACGCCACCUUAAAUUAAGAAACAUCGUGCCGCGUCGAUACAGUAUUAUUUAUUUAUCAACAUACAUUGUAUCUAUCAUCACAAUGACAUUUUAUUCCGCGACGAGCUGCUGUACUAUAAUAUUAUUUUAUUCGUUCUCGCCAAGAAGGCGUUGAGAUUCGACUAUCUGGUGACACUUUUUUGAACGGAUAUUUCUAAUUCAGCCAUACUCACUCGUGGCGUAAUGAAUAAAUUUAUUUUAUCAAGGAUCCACCUCACGGAGGAAACGUAUAUCUUUAAUAAAAAAUAAUUUUUAUUUAUUUAAAAUAAAGUCUUACGACUUAUGAAAUUGGAGUCUGUCUUUAUACGGUGCACUCGGUUCCCGCAAAUAUUUCAUUAUCACAUCGAUGGACCACGCCGAAAGUUGUCGACCUACAAAUCUCAUGUUUUUUAAUUGUUGUUAUUACUUAUUGUGUUAUUGAUUUAAAUCAUAAUGUGUAAUAUAAAUAUAUGGAUGAAAUCGAAUUGUUUCAA